AUGGCGACGGACCUUACUGCGAAGGUGUUGGACGUCCUGUCCCAGACCGACGAACCAAUCCUGAGCACCGAUGCCUUCCCUUCCACGCCUUCGUCGGAAAUCAAAAGUGCCCUAGACAGGCUGAAGUCUCGAGAGAUGGUGGCCUAUGAGACGCUGGACAAAGACGAAGCUAUUUUGACCCCCGAAGCUGAGGAUAUCGCCGCCAAUGGUAGUCAUGAGGCCAAGGUGUUCGAGGCGGUGCUACAAGCUGUGGAGGGGAUGAAGAUCUCGGAUCUGCCAAAAGCUGUUGGCCAGGAGAGCGCAAAGAUCGGCCGGGGUAAAGCUUUCAAAGAGGGCUGGAUUAAGAAGGACAACGACAUUCUGAGGGCCAAUAGAGAGUCGAUAACAGACACAUCUCGCGAACAACUCCAAACAAUACAAAGCACUCGCACACACCCCGAUCCUAAGAUUCUCAACGACCUAAAGAAGCGAAAGUUGGUUACUAUGCACAAAGUCAUAAGCUACAAACUUAGCAAAGGACCGAAGUUUGCAAGGCAAUUCGUCAAAGAGCAGACAGAUUUGACGGCAGAAAUGCUGGCUAGUGGGACCUGGAACACGGUCAGCUUCAAGCCAUACAAUUUCAAAUCUAUGGGUGCCCCAACCGGUAGUGGGGCUCUACAUCCUCUGAACAAAGUACGGCACGAGUUCCGACAGAUCUUCUUUGAAAUGGGUUUCGAGGAAAUGCCAACAAACCGGUAUGUCGAGACCGGCUUCUGGAACUUCGACGCCCUCUUCGUCCCCCAACAACAUCCCGCCCGCGAUCAACAAGAUACCUUCUUCAUCUCCGACCCACCCUACGCCGACAGACCCCGCGAAGACCCCCAAGAAACCCAACACCUCCCCAAUGGAUCAGCAUCCGAACCUUUACCAAAGAAGCCUAAGCAAGACUACGAGCAAUAUUUCGAGAACGUGAAAGAGGUCCACGAAACUGGCAAGUAUGGCUCCAUAGGCUAUCGCUAUCCCUACAAUGACGACGAAUCCCUCAAACUCGUCCUCCGCACUCACACCACGGCUAUCUCGACCUACAUGCUCCAUAAACUCGCCGCCAAUCCCCGGCCCGCACGCUACUUCUCGAUCGACCGCGUCUUCCGCAACGAGAGCGUCGACGCUACACAUCUCGCUGAAUUCCACCAAGUCGAGGGAGUCAUUGCCGACUACGGCUUAACCUUAGGAGGUCUCAUAGGCUUCAUGGAAGUCUUCUUCGCGAAAAUGGGCAUCCACCGCUUGCGUUUCAAGCCCGCCUACAACCCCUACACCGAACCCAGCAUGGAGAUCUUUGGUUUCCACGAGGGACUGGAUAAGUGGGUGGAGAUUGGCAACAGCGGCAUGUUCAGACCCGAGAUGUUAGAGCCUAUGGGUCUGCCGCCAGAUAUGAGGAUAUACGGCUGGGGAUUGAGUUUAGAGAGACCAACCAUGAUAAAAUACGGCGUGAGGAACAUCCGAGAGCUGCUGGGGCACAAAGUGGACUUGAAUUUCGUGGAGAGUAAUCCGGCCGUGAGGUUGGAGAAAGAUUAG